AUGGCAGCUGUUGUGUACUUAGUCGUCCACUCUCCGUCCACUGGCGCCAACGUCUCGCUCAUUUGCUCAAAGACGAAGGUCUCACCUCUCAAGCAUCUAACCAUCCCGAGGUUAGAACUCACGGCAGCGCUGCUACUCUCCACGUUAAUUCAUCAUGUUUGCGCUACUCUGAACAUGAACAUUACCAAAACUCAUUUGUGGACGGACUCUCAAGUGACACUCUCAUGGAUCAAAGCUCAUCCCUCAAGGUGGAAAGACUACGUCAGAAACCGAGUGACCAAGAUUCAAGAACUCACCGAGGGAACUCAAUGGAGGCACAUCGCAGGCACCUCAAAUCCAGCUGACUGUGCAUCACGUGGAAUAACCACAGAUCAGCUCGAACACCAUCCUCUCUGGUGGUCGGGACCACUAUGGAUGACUCAACCAGAGGACUCUUGGCCCUCUGAACCAGAGACCGCCCUCGACGAUUUGUGCGCACAAGAAGCCAGGGCCGGGGUCUCACUACAUGCAUCUCACUCAGUCAAGGAGUAUCAAUGGGAUCUCAUUCACCGAUUCUCAUCGCUCACCAAGCUCUUGAGAAUUACUGCUCUAUGCCUCAAUUUCACCAAGAAGCUCUCAGGAAACCUCAACUCUUCACCAGCCGCACUCAUCACCUCAGAAGAAGUAGAAAACUCAAGACUGUUCUGGGUCAAGGCCACUCAAGCAGUCUACUUCCCAGAGGAGCUCGCCCUACUCAGACGACAAGGGCAGCUGUCUCCAUCCAAUCCUCUCUGCAAGCUCACUCCAUUCAUAGACAGCGAUGGUGUGCUCAGAGUGGGUGGACGGCUAGACAAUGCUGAACUCUCAUACGAUGUAAAACAUCCUGCAAUUCUUCCUCGCUCAUCAAGAUUCUCCGAACUGAUCAUCGCAGACGCUCAUCAACAGACGAAGCAUGGAGACACUCAGUCAACGCUAGCAUUCAUCAGACGACUCUAUUGGAUAAUCGGCGGCAGAGCUCCAGUAAAGUCUCACAUUCUCAGGUGCGUGGUGUGUGCUCGCCAAAGGGGGAUCCGUGCACAUCAACUGAUGGGCCAACUACGUCUGGCGCGAGUCACACCGUCACGCCCUUUCUCUCACACUGGAAUCGAUUAUGCUGGCCCACUCACUCUCAAGACGUGGAAGGGUCGAGGCUCAAAAACCUACAAGGGUUGGAUCUGCGUCUUCGUCUGCCUCACGACAUCGGCCACUCACCUGAAAGUGGUUUCAGAUUACUCAACCGAAGGUUUCAUCGCAACCUACAGACGUUUCACCUCCAGACGAGGAAUUCCAUCAGCCCUCUACUCGGACUGCGGAACCAACUUCCUGGGUGCUGACGCACAACUCAAACAGUGCUUCGGCGCAAGCUCAGCAGGUCAUCACAAAAUCUCAACGGUACUGGCUCAAGACAGGACUCAGUGGCAUUUCAACCCCUCCGCAGCUCCUCAUAUGGGUGGAAAAUGGGAAGCAGUGGUGAAGUCUCUGAAAUUUCACAUGAGGCGAACAAUUGGAGACGUAACACUCACGUUCGAGGAAAUCACUACUCUUCUCACUCAAAUUGAAGCAAUUCUCAAUUCCAGACCACUCGAGCCACUCAGCGAUGACCCAGAUGACACUUCAGCACUCACACCGGGACACUUCCUCAUUGGCACUGCGCUAAAUGCCGUUCCUGAGCCAUCUCUUCUGGAACUUCCUACAAAUAGAUUGUCUCGAUGGCAAUUUAUCCAACAAGGGAUGCAACAGUUCUGGCACAUGUGGUCGACUCAAUACCUGCAGCGAUUGCAAGCCGUCUCCAAGUGGCAUCACCCACACAACAAUAUUCAGGUGGGCUCACUAGUACUACUCACUGAUGAACGUUUACCACCAGGAAAGUGGCCUAUGGCCAGGGUACUCAAGCUGCUGCCAGGAAAGGAUGGACUCACCAGGGUGGUAUCUCUGAAGAGAGCCACAUCUACGCUCACCCGACCAAUUGCCAAGCUUGCGCUUCUCCCAGUGACGUCUCCAGGAAACUCAUCAACACCGGUGCCGAUGGCGGGCGGAAAUGUUUGA